AUGGCCGAGACGCAGAAGUGGACGGGCACCAAGGUCCGCCAGACGUUUCUGGAGUAUUUCGAGAAGCGCGGACACACAAUUGUCCCCUCAUCGUCUGUCGUGCCGCACAAUGACCCAACCCUUCUUUUCACCAAUGCCGGCAUGAACCAGUUCAAGCCCAUCUUCCUCGGCACAGUGGCCAAGACGGACCCUCUUGCGGGACUGAAGCGUGCUGUGGACAGCCAGAAGUGCAUCCGCGCAGGCGGCAAGCACAACGAUCUCGAUGACGUCGGCAAGGACAGCUACCACCACACCUUCUUCGAGAUGCUGGGAAACUGGUCUUUCGGCGACUACUUUAAGAAGGACGCCAUCGAGAUGUCCUGGGACCUGCUCACAAAGGUCUUCGGCCUCGACCCCAGCCGCCUCUAUGUCACCUACUUCGAGGGCAACCCGGACAUGGGCCUCGAGCCCGAUUUGGAGGCCAGAGAUCUUUGGAAGUCUGUUGGUGUUCCUGACGACCACAUCCUGCCUGGCAACAUGAAGGACAACUUCUGGGAGAUGGGCGACCAGGGCCCGUGCGGCCCUUGCAGUGAAGUCCACUACGACAAGGUUGGCGGCCGUAACGCCGCCGAUCUCGUCAACAUGGACGACCCGCUCGUCGUCGAGAUCUGGAACAACGUGUUUAUCCAAUUUGAUCGCCAGGCCGACAAGUCGCUGAAGCCGCUGCCGGCAAAGCACGUCGACACCGGCAUGGGCUACGAGCGUCUCGUCUCGGCUCUGCAGAAUAAGAGCUCUAAUUACGCCACGGAUAUCUUCACCCCGCUUUUCGACCGCAUCCAGGAGGUCACGGGUGCCCGGCCGUACACUGACAAGUACGGCAAGGACGACGUUGACGGCAUUGAUACCGCGUACCGUGUCGUCGCCGACCACAUCCGUCUACUGACCUUUUCCAUGGCCGACGGCGCCGUGCCCAACAAUGAGGGCCGUGGCUAUGUCGUGCGCCGUGUGCUUCGGAGAGGCUCUCGCUACGCCCGCAAGUAUUUCAACGCCGAGAUCGGCUCCUUCUUCUCCAAGAUCCUGCCUGCGCUAGUUGAGCAGAUGGGCCACCAGUUCCCGGAGAUAAUCAAGAAGCAGGAGGACAUCAAGGAGAUCCUGGACGAGGAGGAAGAAGCCUUUUCGCGGACGCUGGACCGCGGCGAGCGCCAGUUUGAGAAGUACGCCUCUGUCGCGGUUAAGAACGGCGGCGGUGCGCUCUCUGGCGCCGACGUCUGGCGCCUGUAUGACACCUUUGGUUUCCCCGAGGAUCUGACACAGCUGAUGGCCGAAGAGCGCGGCCUCACCAUCAACAAGGAGGAGGUCGACGUGGCGCGGGAAAAGGCCCGCGAGGCUAGCAAGUCGGUCAAGGAGGCCGUCCAGACAUUUGCCAAGCUCAACGUGCACCAGAUUGCCGAGCUCGAGAGCGAGCAUAACCUGGAGCGCCCCAACUCCGAUGCCAAGUACCUCCGUGGCGACCUUGUCAGCAAGAUUGAACUCAUCUACACGGGCACGGGUUUCGCCAAGAGUACCAAGGACAUCCCUCUCAACACGCCCAUUGGUAUCCUGCUCGACAAGACCAACUUCUACGCUGAGUCUGGUGGCCAGGUUGCCGAUACCGGCCGUAUUGUCAUUGACGAUGUUGCUGAGUUCAAGGUGUUGGAUGUGCAGGAAUUUGGUGGCUACAUUGUGCACAACGGCUACGUCGAGUACGGCGCGCUGAGCGCGGGUGACAGUGUCAUCUGCGAGUUCGACGAGCUGCGGCGGCAACCCAUCCGUAACAACCACACGGGCACGCACGUGCUGAACCAUGCGCUGCGUGAAGUCCUCGGCGACGAGAUCAACCAGAAGGGCUCGCUCGUCGACCAGGACAAGUUGCGCUUCGAUUUCUCGCACAAAGCCGCCGUGUCGCUCGCCGAGAUCAAGAAGAUUGAGGACAUGUCGAACGACGACAUCCGCAGCAACCUCAAGGUCUACUACAAGGAUGUGGACCUGGCCAGCGCGCGCGAGAUUGAGGGCCUGCGCGCCGUCUUUGGCGAGACCUACCCCGACCCUGUGCGCGUUGUGUCGGUCGGCAAGGAUAUUGAUGAGAUGCUGAAGACGCCCAAGAACCCGGAGUGGCGCAAGUACAGCGUCGAGUUCUGCGGUGGCACGCACGUCGAGCAGACGGGCCAGAUCAAGGACUUAAUCAUUGUUGAGGAGAGUGGCAUUGCUAAGGGCAUCCGGCGCAUCGUGGCCUACACGGGUGACGCUGCACACCAGGCCCAGCGCGAGGCCGCGCAGAUUGGAGAGCGUCUGGACGCACUCGAGGCGCUGCCGUUUGGCUCUGAGAAGGAGGCGGGCGUCAAGACGUUCGCCCUGGAGCUGAACCAGCUGGCAAUCUCGGCCUUGACCAAGGACGAGCUGCGCACGCGGUUCGCCAAGGUGCAGAAGUCUGUGGUUGACGAGCAGAAGAAGCGCCAGAAGGUGGAGCUCAAGACGGCCGUCACGACGGUCACAGACCACUUUGCAAAGCCAGAGAACAAGGACGCCAAGUGGUACGUCGGCCACCUGCCCAUCUCGGCCAAUGCCAAGGCCAUUUCGGAGGUCAUGAACCACUUCCGCAACAAGGACAAGGAGCGGUCCGUGUACGUCUUUGGCGGCAGCCCGGAUGACGGUGUCGUUCAUGGUGUCUAUGUUGGCACGGACCUCGCAUCCAAGGGUGUCACUGCCGAGCAGUGGUCGACUGCUGUCAGCGACGUUAUUGGCGGCAAGGCUGGCGGCAAGGAGCCUGCACGCCAGGGUUCAGGGACGAAGCCCGAGAAUCUCACCAACGCAGUUUCGCGCGCGGAGGAGUGGCUGUCGGAGAAGCUCAAGGAACUGAAGCUGUGA